UUUUUAGGGUUUUCAUUCCAGGAGUCUUUUAUAUGUUUUCUGGUAUUUCCUUCGUCGCCGUCGUUAAAAAGAAGAAAGAAAACAUGGCUUAUGCAGCAAUGAAGCCCACGAAGGCUGGUUUGGAAGAGCCACUCGAGCAAAUUCAUAAGAUCAGGAUUACUCUCUCCUCCAAGAAUGUGAAGAACCUUGAGAAAGUGUGUGCUGAUUUGGUUCGUGGAGCUAAGGACAAGAGACUGAGAACCAAGGGACCAGUGAGAAUGCCCACCAAGGUUCUUAAGAUCACUACCCGAAAAGCUCCUUGUGGUGAAGGAACCAACACAUGGGACAGAUUCGAACUUAGGGUGCACAAGCGAGUGAUUGAUCUCUUCAGCUCUCCUGAUGUGGUCAAGCAAAUCACUUCCAUCACGAUUGAACCUGGUGUCGAGGUCGAAGUCACCAUCGCCGACUCUUAGAUUAUUUUCUUUCUUACUUUGCCUCUUGUCUCUCGGAUGAAACCAAUGUUUUUGUUGUAGUGAAAACUUUAGCUCUUUAGUUGAGAUAUUCAUCUUUUCAGAGUUUGUUAUUUACAUCUAUCAAAACUGAGAUUAUUAUAAUAACGCGCUUGUACACGAUUCUCUUA